AAUGAAAAGACUUGGUCAUCAGGAAUCAGAAUGUGUAAGUGGGAAGUGACGGGGGUGGCGGGAGACUGGUGGGGUGGGUGUGAUGGGAGGGUGGGGUAGGGAGGCAGGCAGGCAGGCAGGGGGCGGGGGCGGGGGCUGGCGGGGGAGGGAGGCGCGGCGGGGCGAGGCGAGGUGUCCCCCGCCGCAGCCAGUGCUCACGGUCCCGCGGGCGCGUCUUGAGUCCCCGCCGCGCACGCCGCUCCCGUCCUCGCCGCCGCACGUGAAUUACCCUCCCGCGAGGCUGUUUGUCAUUAUUAUUCCAUUAUUACCUCAACUGCCGCCAGUCUGCCCUACCGUGGCGCGGCGGCAGGAGCGUGGCGGCGGAGCGAGGCAGGACACUCCCGAGGGCGGCCGCCUCAGAGAGUUUCGAGCACGUGGCGGCGGCGACAGGCAGUGAGCGACGGCCCGCCGGAGUGUGUCAGUCCCGCCGUGCACAGUGCACACGCUGACGCGGCCUGCUCGCUGACGGAGUGGCUGGCGGCGCGGCGCGAGGCAGGGGCCGCGAGUGUCGUGCUGGAGGGCCGCGGGCAGCUGGGCGUCGCGUGGGUGUCGUCAGGUUGGCGUCGCGGGUCGCUGGUGGCUGAGGUGCCCAUGACCAACAUGGAAGGAGGGGGGGGCGCAUCUCCCGCCCCCUCGCCCACCCCGCAGGACCAGCCCACCGACCUGAGGGUGAGUCGCGCCCCUGAGAGGCCACAUCAGCACAUGGCCAGACCUGUGCCCCUGAAGCAUUCCUCGCCGCCCCCCCUUACCGCCCUGCCCCUGGGCCUGCAGCAGCUGGUGCGUGCCCCGUCGUCCUUCAUGAUCGGCGACAUCCUCCGUCAGAAGGCGCAGGAGGUCGGCACGCACCACCACCACCACCACCACGACGACGGCGACGACGACGAAGACGAGGACGAGAGCGGCAGCCAACACGCCCUCUCCCGCCAAGGUGAGCGACCUCUUGCGACUGUUUGUGUUUGUGUUUGUGUGGCGUACACGAGGCGCCCUCCUGGCCUGUCGCUGGGCCCGUGAAUUAUCAGGAUACUCAGGAGCAACACGAAUCACCGGAGGGAUGGAUUCCGUGACCCAUUACAGUAACCGAGUAGUGGCAGCAGUAGUAGUAGUAGAAGUAGUAGUAGAAGUAGUAGCAGUAGUAGUAGAAGGAGUAGUAGUAAUAGUAGUAGGAGAUAUGUAGUAGUGGUAGUAGUAGGAGGAGAAGGAGCAGGAGGAGGAGAAAGAGGAAGAGUAGAAGAGGAAGAAGGGGAUGAAAAAUAGGUAGAAGGUACCCGAAGAAUAAGAGGCUGGGAGACUAAAUACGUGACAGGCAUAGGUCGGCAGGUGAGGCCAAAGUGUUCCUUGAGUCACCUGUUCCUUGGGUGCUCCUUGACGCUGUCCUUGGCCAGGUGGAGGGGAUCAGGGCGCAGCGGACACACACGCAAGGGAAGAACGGGAGUGGCGGAAUAGAUUGUAACGUUCAUUAUUAUU